UGACACCAAGCGGAAGUAAAGAAAGGAAAGGCGCGUGUGUGAACAGAGCCGCGAGUGUGGGACCGAAAAGAGUCAGCUCAUCACUGUGGUGUUAGCGGCUUUACACUGACUCCCCGAGCUCUCUGUAAUACUUUACAUUCAUUAAUAAGAGAGAGAGAGAGAGAGAGAGAGAGAGAGAGGGAGGUGCGUUAACAGUCCCGCUCUGGCGGAGCUUUAUCACGUGACACCAGGCGGAAGUAAACAAAGGAAAGGCGCUAAUGCCGUUAGCUUUCCUCCUGUGUGACUGAGCAGAGAGUGUUGUGUUGUUGUGUUGUGUGAGCUGUGGCAGUAACGAUGCCUUCAGUUCAGUAUCUGAGAGAGUUUAUCAACGAGCGACUAACUGCUGCUGCUGAACAAAUAUUCUUGGAGUUUGAAAAAACGAUCGUCCAGUACGAGGAAGAGAUCGACCGUCAGCGCAGACUGCUGGAUAUCACCUGGAAACCCCAAAUCAAGCUGCACAGGACAGUCCCUCCAGAUGUCCCACAGCAGCCCGUCUGUAAGGAGGAGGAGGUUCUCAUUGAGCUGCAGCUCUGUGACCAGGAGAGGAGCUCCAGUCUGGGCCAGGAAGAGCCAGAACCUCCACAGAUUAAAGAGGAACAGGAGGAACUCUGCAGGAGUGAGGAGGGAGAGGAGCUUGGAUUGAAGGAGGAGACUGAUACCUUAAUGGUGCCUGCUGCUAAUGAGGAAAGAGACCACAGUGAAUCAGGAGGCUCUGCUGUAGCUGAGAGCCAGGAUCAGGAAGAAAGCAGGAGUGCACAUCCAGGAUCAACUGGAAAUAAAAAUGAAAGUCAAGAGUUUCCUCCCAGAUCAGGGAGUCAGUAUAAUUUUGACACAGCUAAAAAGUUUUUAAAAUGUGAUGUUUGUGGAAAAUGCUUUAAAGAUAAUUAUGAAAUGAAACGACAUUACAGAAUCCACACAGGUGAGAAACCGUAUUCUUGUGAAAUGUGUGGGCAUCGUUUUAGUCAGAAGAGUACUUUGACUGUCCACAUGAGAAUCCACACAAGUGAGAAGCCGUAUCCAUGUCAAACAUGUGGAAAAAUGUUUACACGCAGUAGUCGUUUGCUGGAGCACGUAAGAUCUCACACAGGUGAAAAACCAUAUCCUUGUAAAAUGUGCGGGAAAAUGUUCACACGUAGUAGUUACUUGUCGGUGCACAUAAGAACGCACACAGGAGAGAAACCGCAUCAUUGUAAAACAUGUGGGGAAAUGUUCACCUAUAGUAGUCAGCUCUUGCGCCACAUGAGAACUCACACAGCUGAGAAGUCUUAGGGUAUGUUGGAACUAGAGAUGCACGCACUAAAUUAUUUUUUGGCCAUUUCAGAUUUUUCUCUGGGUGUCCUGCUGGCACUGAUUUUUGAUAAUUGAUGUUUAACUGAAAGCAUAUAGAAACAUCAAUCAAUGGUUUCCUCUGAACUCUGGAUAGAUUCGAUAGAUGAAAGUGAUUUGUUAGGUUUGUAGCUACAAAUGUUUUAUGUGGGUCCAGACUGAGAUAUUAUGGUACACAGUGGGGGGUAAAUAACUGACAGCUGUUACUUUAUUAGUGUCUUAUGGUGUGAAAUAACAUGUAUGAGCUGUUUGGUUUUAAAUAAAUGGCAGAUGUUGAAGCUGU